CGGCUCCCCCGUACGAAGGAGCGAUGGAACAACGCUGGCACGCUUCCUUCGUGAUGGCCCGCUUGAUUCCGGUUGUAUUUGGUGCUCCGACGACGUUCGCGCGGCAGGUUUUCCGCUUGUCUAUAGAAACGACACGUGACAAAUAAUCGACGACAAUCAUGGACGAGGAAUGGGAUGUGGAUAACGCCGAGCCGAAAUUCGAUCUCGCGACGAGAUCGAACAAGUGGGAGGGCGAGGACGAGGAGGAGGACGUCAAGGACAGCUGGGAAGAUGUAGAAGGAAAAAAAGAUGUAGAGAAACCAGCAGAAGUACCAAAAACAAAGUCAAAACCUAAAAAAGCAUUGGCUGAAAGAAUCGAAGAGCGUGAGAAGAAGGCAAGAGAAGAAGCCGAGGUGAAAGCAAAGGAAAAGGAGGAAGCACUCACACCGGAAGAAAGGCGAGCUGAAGUUUUAAGACGCCAAAGGUUGCAAGAGGAGGCAGAUUUACGACUGGCGAUGGAAACUUUUGGUGUACAGGUGACAGAAGUAGCAAAUGAAUCGCUCGAUACCAUGGUACCCGACACAAAAGAGGAGUUUGAACAAUUUGGCACAGCACUUUCACAAAAAAUUAAUCAAUUUAACAAACACGCAGAAUUUCCAACAUUUGCAGAAGAGCUUAUAAAAUCCAUUGCUCUUAAUUUAUCGUCAAAUUACUUGAAAAAGGUGAAAACUAUAGUUGAUAACUUACUUAUUGAAAAGCAAAAGAUGGAAAGGGGCGACAAGGCCAAAAAGAGCAAGGGGAAAGGAAAAGCGAAGCUUAAAAUUGAGGGUGACAACACCUUGUUGAGCGAAUACGGUGAUUACGUAUAUGACGAAUACGACGAUUUUAUGUAGCGACUUUUCACAUAUUCAUACAUUCUAGUCGCCUAAAUAAACGCAGAGAGCUAUUGAUUUGCAGAUUUAUACAGAAACUUUAUAUUUGUAUUUUCUGCAUAUUGAAUUGUAACUAAAAUGUACAACAGUUUAAACUAUAAUCCGUGGUACCGUUUACACCUAACAAGAUGAAGAAAUAGAAAUGAAAAUUAGUAUCAUAUUAUCGAUGAAAAUGUUUAAAAACAAACACUUCUAACUAUAGUGGUGAUAUAGUACUCACAGUUACUUAAAAGAACAGAGUUCAAUGUUUUAUGAUUUACAUGUUGACUUUUAUCGGAUUUUUAUCCGUGCGUCAUUCAUUUAUUAAAUUUUCAAUUUAAUUUAUAAUAACAAAAAGUGAUCCGAUUGCCAGUUGAAAUAUUGAAAUAAAGAUACCAGGGAAUCAAUCGACCAACACUGGCUAAGGUGAAAAAUCUUUUAUUGAAAAAGACGCAACGUUUCAACCCCGAAUCGGGUCCUCUUCAGUCUGAAUGUAAUGUUAUGUCAGAGUAAGGACCCGAUUCGGGGUCGAAACGUUGUGUCUUUUUCAAUAAAAGAUUUUUCACCUUAGCCAGUGUUGGUCGAUUGAUUCCCUGGUAUCUUAAUUUAUAAUAUAUAUAUUAAUAUUUUCAACAAACUGAAAAUAUUGCAUGUAAUAUUUGCGCGACUCUAACUAUUCCUCAAUUGUGAAUCUAUUAACAUUUAAAUAGAGCAGAAAGAAAAUCUUAAAUAGAGAAGAAAUUAUACACAUUUAUAUCUUUGGGUUGUAAUCGUAUCCUGUCAACUGUUAAAAAGGAAAUCUCAUCUUUAUAUAGUUGCGUCAUUGCAAAUUGAAUCUUGUAAUUACAUUAUGGAAGUUUUAUAUGUAACACAGCUUAUAUAUACAUACCCAUACACACAUACUUUUAUUGAAGAUCAAUUACAAGUUGGUUUUGAAAAGAGUAUAUUCCUAAAUAAAGGUUGAUUAUAAAUUA